AUGGCGUCGCUUGCGGCAUGCUUCAGCGCUGGGCCGAUAAAGUCCGUCAGCCACUCGCCGGAGGUGAUAGGUGGGAGAGAUGAGGGUGUGGCCGCCUUCUUUGGGAAACGCUGUCUCAACGCGUCCGACUGCUCCUCCCAGUUCAUCAAGGGCAUGACCUGUAACUCGGAUGGCGACGGCGAACCCGGGAACUGCACUUGCCCCGAUUACACUCCGCUAUUCCUGGAGGAAGGUGGCGUCUACAAGUGUAGCAGGGCUGGCGCCUUGGGCAGCAGCUGCGAGCGCGUGGAGCAAUGCCGCUACAACAACGUGUACCUGCUCUGCCUCGAUGGAAAGUGCAUCUGCCCCAGUCCUAUGCGAGUCAAGCAGGGAUUCAAGUGCAUGCCAGAGGCCAAGCUCGGAGGCAACUGCUCUACUGUUGACAGCUGCUUCACGCGCAGCAGUGUCUGCGUAGGCGGCACCUGCAGCUGCCGAAUCCACUACGCACAGAAAGGUGGAUCUUGCGUCUACGUGGGUGACACGCAUUGGAAGAUCGUCGCGGCGUACGUGUUUCCGUGCAUCGUGGUGUUCGUCAUGGUUUCCAUCGUGCUGCUCGCAUUCUGCAGCGUCAUAACGCAGCGUUACCAAGACGUUCUGUGGGGCCACGGUAUGCCAGUGGACGAGCAGCGGGUGCCACUGGUGGUUGACCGGAGCAUUGACCCCAGCAGCGGAAUGUACACGGCCGCCCUCACGGACGACCACAAGCAAGUUGAAUCGGGUGGCCCCGUGGCCACCACCGACAGCUCGGACAACAUGGCCAAGCCUGGCGUUCGAUUCAGGCAGGAGGUACACAGCCCCUGAUCGAAUCUUCUUCGGUCCAAGGCUAGUUUACCUGCCAUACUGGGAAUCUGAGUGCGUGGACCGAACUGGACAGUGCCUCAAUUACCGGCUGCGGGAGCACAACGUUGGCGUAUGGGAAAAUCUUCCGAUACUUGACUCGCUGUUCAUUGCAACGAAUGUGGGCGUGCACGUCUAUGUUAUAAAACUGCGGCGUCGUUGGUGGAGCCAGAGAGCAGCUAACACGUGAGGUAACUGAAGCAGCAAAUCUGCUAAGUUCAGUAGGCAACGGUGUGAGCACGGCACCCCGGUCGAUAUUUGUUAAGGAACUGGAAUUAUUGAAUGGUCAUGUACGCGCGCCAAGCCUCGCAUGGUAUUAUGCCCUGUUUG